AAUCAAGAGUUGAAGCUAUUUCUAGAGAUGUAUAGAUGUGAAUUCAAUGAUUCCAGAGAAGUGAUAGAAUCUAGGGACAUGGACUACAAGGCAUGGGCUCUUGUUCAAAGCUUAAGUCAUCUCUUGAUGAAACACAAACUGGAGCUUCGUUGGUUAAGGCAGCCAAUGAAAGCUGAAGCAUAUCCCAGCAAGAGACUAGCCACUGCUGAAGCUAAGAUUGCUGAGCUGAGGCAGAAGUUGGAAGACUCUGGAAGGGAAAUAUGUAAGCACUCUGAGACUCUGAAAUCCAAACAUGAGGAGGGCGAAGCCUAUUUAUCUGAGAUUGAGAGUAUUGGGCAAGCAUACGAAGACAUGCAAACUCAAAAUCAACACCUGUUGCAGCAAAUCAUAGAAAGAGAUGAUUACAACAUCAAGCUUGUUAUUGAGGGUGUGAGAGCAAGGCAACUGAAUGAUGCGCUGCGAACAGAAAUACAAGCGAUGGACCAAAAAUUGCAGCAAGCAAAUUCAGUCAUGGAUUUAUACAACCUGAAAUUCGGAUGUUUGGAUGAGCAGUUAAAAGUUUGGUCAGAGCAGGUUGGGAAACUGGCAGAGGAUGGGUCGCGGAAUUGUGUUAUUUUGGAGAAUGCCCAGAGGAGGCUAUUGGAUGUGCGGAGUGAGCCUCAGCAGUUGAGGCAAUCAUUGGAUGGAAUACAAAGUAAGGUGGAGGCAAGCCAGCUGGAUGUUACUGAGCUGCUAAUAGAGCUAGAGAUGGAGCGGUUUAAUAGGAAGAGAAUAGAGGAGGACUUGGAAGUCAUGACAAAGAAAGCUGCACAUCUUAGGGCUCAAACUGAGGGCUCUUUGGUCCUGGAAAAGCUUCGGCAAGAAAUAAGGGAAUACAGGGGAAUACUGAAGUGCAGUAUCUGCCUUGACCGGCAAAAAGAGGUGGUUAUUGCCAAAUGCUACCAUUUGUUCUGUAAUAAGUGCAUUCAAAGGACCCUUGAAAAUCGCCAACGCAGGUGUCCGACAUGUGGAGUGAGUUUUGGGCCCAAUGAUGUGAAACCUAUCUAUAUAUGAUCAGGAUGUGCAAACUGUUUGUGCUGGAGAUGGAAUUCCAAGGGCAUUGAGAUCCUUGUGAACAACAGUUACCGGCUGUGCGCAUGCUUGUGUUUGUAACAUAUCUUCAGGGGGAAUUGAUUGGGUAGGUGAGUUUGCAGCCCUUCUCCAUCCAUAGCAGGUUGCAGGAAAUUGGUGGCCCAUGCUUAAGGUGUAGGUCUUUCUGCACAUGACUUUCAGGUCAUCUAUGUAGAGCCCCAUGUGCAUCCAUUGAACUAUUGGAUCAGCCUACCCCAUCCAUUCAAUUGUUUCGAAAUACAAUGGGAGAGCCCAUUGUUCCCCUGCAUAUCUGUCAUUGUACAAUAUACAAUUAGUCGGGCCUGCAAUAGCUAAUAAGAAAUUCUAAGGUUGCUCCGGUUGAUUCUAACAGUUUGCAUGUUGAUGGACAUUUCUUUCGAGCAAGUGGCAUGGUAAAAUUUUGAUUGUUUGACACAGCUUUUGUCCUGAGGCAUCUGUCCUCUGUACGUGUACAUAUGGAUCUGGCUACUUGUGAAAAAUCAGUGUAGCAAAGCUUCUAGUUA